AUAGAAAACGGAUGGAUAGUGGUGAUAGUGAUACGUCGAAAGGAAUGAAAGUGAAACCUAAUCCCAAAGAAGGAUUCAAUUCAUCAUCAGAUUCAUUCAGAUUCUUUUGCUGAUAAACCCUAAAAUGUCUCAUCGAGAUUCCUCCGAUUCGAAGCGUCGUCAUUCUAAGCUCGAUCGUGAACCAAGCCCUAAGAAAUAUAGAAGAGAUAGAGAAAGAGAAAGAUUAACCACAAAUGGUCAUUCUGAACCGUCCAAACAUUCAUCUCAACCUCCAAGAUCUCGCUCUUAUUAUCAGGUUGGUCGAAGCACUGGUCAAAGGGAAGCUGAUGAAAAAGUAUAUGCUCAAAGUAAGGAGAAUAACCAAAGGUUGGAGACAGGUCAAAGUAGAGAGCAAAGAGAUGAGAAAUCACUGGCUAAACUGGAUGGUAAUUUUCAGAGAAGAGACAGUUUUCGAGAAAGGAAAGAUGAUCCAACACCUUCUGUGAGGAAAAGGCCAGCAUUUAGGGAGAAGAAGAUCCCAGUGGAUUCAAGAGAGGCUAAUCCAGCUGCGACAGUGACAGUAAAGUCAAGCCAUACUAGCCACCCUCCAGAAAGGAAUGAAAGGAAGGAGGAAAGAAGCAGCAACCCUAACCAUCUAGAUAGACCUGAGAAGCGAAUUGCAGAGGACAGGGAAUCCAACAAGCGAGAACCUAGGAAGGAUGGAUUUUCAUCAAGAGUAAGGUAUGGAGGAAGUGGAGGCAAUAGCAAUCACAGAGGAAGAGACAAAUUUAAUGGAAGACAAGAUAAUCAUCCUAUUAAGACUCAAACAGAGAAGUGGAAACAUGAUUUGUAUCAAGAGGUUAACAAAGAUUCUAUUCCAAAGAAUGAGGAUGAUCAGAUUGCAAAGCUGGAAGCACUCUUAGCUUCAUAAUUUCAAACUGUAGCCAAUAUUUGGUAGAAGAUCUUUGGAAAAAUAGCAUGGAAAGAAAAACUAUCAAAUGAUGACAGAAAAUUGAAGAAGGGAAUGGCGACAUUGAUCAAUGAUUGUCACCCAGAAAGAGAUGAAGGAGAGGGAUCAUAUGUGCCACCGUUUUUAAUUGAAUAUACUUUGUAUUAUGAGCCACUUGAUUAAUUGGAAUUAGCGGUUGAGAUUUGGUGUAAGUCAAUGACUUACACCUGGUGUCAACGGAUUCUGCCUCAUAUAUAUAUAUAUAUAUAUAUAUAUAUAUAUAUAUAUAUAUAUAUAUUACCGAAGUGUUAACAUCAUAACAUAAACAUAAUAGUGGAGACGUUGAUUUUUUCUUUUCUUUUUUUUUCCUCCUUAUAAAUAAGCCCUUUUCACCAUAUCUUAUGUGCAAGUAUGUAUGAAAUGUUAUAAUAUAAACACAAGGAGAUGUAGAGUUUCUCUCAAAAAA